CUCUAAGUCAGGGUCCCAGCACAAAUGGCAGCCAUGAUCCAGAAGAGCGCUUUCACUGGCAGCCAGGUGGCUCAGAAGGCCGGCGUCCGCGCCAAGGCCGCCCGUGCCGUCGUUGACGUGCGCGCGGAGAAGAAGAUCCGCGUCGCCAUCAACGGCUUCGGCCGCAUUGGCCGCAACUUCCUGCGCUGCUGGCACGGCCGCCAGAACACGCUGCUGGACGUGGUCGCCAUCAACGACAGCGGCGGUGUCAAGCAGGCCAGCCACCUGCUGAAGUACGAUUCCACCCUCGGCACUUUCGAUGCUGAUGUGAAGAUCGUGGAUGACUCUCACAUCUCGGUGGACGGCAAGGUCAUCAAGAUUGUGUCCAGCCGUGACCCGCUGCAGCUGCCUUGGGGUGAGAUGGACGUCGACCUGGUUAUUGAGGGCACUGGUGUCUUCAUUGACAAGGUCGGCGCUGGCAAGCACAUCCAGGCCGGUGCCAAGAAGGUCCUCAUUACCGCGCCCGCGAAGGACAAGGACAUCCCGACCUUCGUCGUUGGUGUGAACGAGGCUGACUACAAGCACGAGUACCCGAUCAUCUCGAACGCCUCGUGCACCACCAACUGCCUGGCCCCCUUCGUCAAGGUCCUCCAGGAGAAGUUUGGCAUUGUGAAGGGCACCAUGACCACCACCCACUCAUACACCGGUGACCAGCGCCUGCUGGACGCGUCGCACCGCGAUCUCCGCCGCGCUCGCGCUGCCGCCCUGAACAUCGUGCCCACCACCACCGGCGCUGCCAAGGCCGUGGCCCUGGUCCUGCCCCAGCUGAAGGGCAAGCUGAACGGCAUUGCUCUGCGUGUGCCGACCCCCACCGUCUCCGUCGUCGACCUGGUCGUGCAGGUUGAGAAGAAGACCUUCGCCGAGGAGGUCAACGCCGCCUUCCGCGAGGCCGCUGCCGGCCCCAUGAAGGGUGUCCUCCACGUCGAGGACGCCCCUCUGGUGUCCAUCGACUUCAAGUGCACUGACCAGUCGACCUCCAUCGACUCGUCCUUGACUAUGGUCAUGGGCGACGACAUGGUCAAGGUCGUUGCCUGGUACGACAACGAGUGGGGCUACAGCCAGCGUGUCGUCGACCUGGCUGAGGUCACCGCCCAGAAGUGGGUGGCUUAAGGAGGAGGUUGCUUGAAUCUUUUCGGCCUUGCUGCUUUGGGAGUGCUCGCCGAUGAUCAACGUUGCCGUGCUGUUCCAUGGCUCGUUUGGUGUUUUGACAGGCUUGUGCUCUUGAUUGCUUCGGGGCUUGGUUCAUGCAUAGACCGGUGCAGGUGAAGUGUGUUCGGUUGAGGUGGUUGUGUAGGGCUUUUACCGUCAGGUAUCGGGCUCCGUUUUGUCUACCACACGCCUCGGUUGGUGGUUUUUCGUUGUGGCCAUUGACCUUCGACUGAAGGGCUAUGGUAGCUACUCGAGUGUUCGGACGUCCGAUCGGCAAUGUACAGCCAAUAUCUUGGCAUGAGUUGUCGUGGUGACGACGUGUAACAAUAUCAGACGAAAUUAAUUUCCCUUCUCCUCGCCUC